AGUUUGCACUCAGAAGCGAUCGACGCCCGCGCCGCUCUCCUCUCUCCUCUCUCUCAGCCUCUCUCGCUCUCUCCUGAGCGGUGAGCGCCGCCGCCGCCUCGGGACGUACGGAACGCGUACGCCUCCGUCCCAGUCACUCGCGGCACUUUUGAAACGUGUUCACCGGCGCUGUCACCUGAUCAGACGACUCACGCGGCUCCCUCGCGCCGCGUCGCAACUCGAGAGUUCCUGUCUACCUAAGCGAGUUUCUUGGUUCGUCGGUUCGUCUCGGUUCUACCGGGUGCGGGAUUUCUACCAUCGCUUUGCGGUAGUCGGGGUGUUGAUACCGCUCUUUCUCUGAUCGCUACGAAAUCUCAGACUUUGCGGUGUGUGAACUGUGUUGAUUGGAAAUUAAAAACAGAAAUUAUAGCUCGAUUCGUGGAUGAAUAGUUAUUUGUGUGAACUUACCUUGUAUUACAGUGCCAAGCUACGGAUAAGAAAUACUGACGAACACACGACCAUGCAGAGUUUUCUUGGAUUACCUACGCGACGCAGCAUUACCGGAACUGCAGUACUUGUUGUAUAGGCUUUGAGUUUGGAAACGCAGAGCUAUUUCUUCCGGAAUUAUAAAGCUGCAACUUAAUUCCAUCGUCAGCGAUUCGACGUGAUAUUCUUACCAUGGCUUCGGUGAUGAUGGGACUACGACGAAGAGUCCCCGUGAACAACGGCUGCUCGACAACGAACGGCGGCAUAUCCCCGGCCUCAACGUCCUCCAACAAGCGCUCGAGGUCGGAGAACAACAACAGUCCGUCCCAUGGGAAUCUGAACUCGUUAACGAGCGGGCAGGGCGAACCUCCGGCGAAGAAGUCGCGCUCGACGGGUUCCGGAUCGACGAGGAGCUCUGCUACCGGGACCUCCGAGGCUUUGGGGACCAAGAGUCGGGGCGGCUCGGGCCGCGGAGGGUCCGUCGCGAAGAGCGAGGGCCCCUCGAAGGCCGCGGGCCAAUCGGGACCCAUGAAUUGGCCCGUACCCAGAUCGAGCUUCUCGUCUGUAGCGGCGCUGCCUCUCGCCACGGGACAGCCGACGAUGAGCGGCGGCAGUAAUUCCUCCUCGUCGUCUCUUGGCGCCGGGAGCGCCAUUCCGUACAUGACACCGUCGGUGACACCGUCCGUUGCAACGUUCGUUGGUAACGCGACGAAUUUGAACAAAAACACGGCAGUUUCUUACCUCGAUAUAUCAAACAUGACGAGCGCCGGCGGUGGCAACAUCGGAUCGACGGCCAACGCGGCUUUUGCCAGUCCAAACAACGCUCACUCGCCGACCAAGAACGCGAGCAGCGUAUUUAGAGUCGGUCUGGGCAAGGAUGGACCCGCUAAGAAGUUCCAGAACGAUACUAUGUUCAACGCCUACCAGCCUUGGGUCAUCAAGACCUACGGCGAUCUCGCUAAGACCAAAACUAUCACGAUUAAAAAGUACGCCAGGAUUCUUCGCACCCUCAGAGGCGAGGAGGCCAACAGCGCGGAAAAUAGCAAGUUCAGGUUUUGGGUCAAGAGCAAGGGCUUUCACAUCGGACAGCCCGAUGGAUACGAUGCCAAACCUGCCGAUAGGAUCGUCGGCAGACACGCCGUCACCAGUCCGGGACUCGAUCCACCUCUCUAUGUUCCCACCCAGCCACCUCAUAACAAGGCCUUGAAUGGAGCUGAAGGUACGGUACCACCUGGACGAGUUUACAAGAAGGUAGCGAUCGUCGAGAAUUUCUUCGACAUCAUUCAUGCUGUGCACGUCGACCUGGAGGGUCGCCCUGGAAAACAUGCUGGCCAAAAGCGCACGUACCGGACGAUCACCGAAACGUACGCGUUUCUGCCCCGCGAAGCUGUGACCAGAUUUCUCCUCGGAUGUACGGAGUGCCAACGACGCCCCAGGACGCCGAGCCCGACAAAUCUCUCCGCCCAGUCGCAGACGACGCCCUUGGCGACGUCCGCGACGCCACCGAGUCCGACGCCCGCCACCGCCCUAUCAGCGUCUCCGGUCCAGACGAGCCAAAGACCCAGGGAAGCGAGCCACGCCCCGGAAGGGAAAAGUCUAUUCAAUUACAGGCACCCGAAGCACCCGAAGGACAAGCCGGAGCAGCAGACGAGCGCUGCUGAGACGACCGGCGUCAAGGACAAGGAGGAGAAGUACAAUCCGCUCAGCAUCUCGAACCUCCUCAAGAAGGAUCCUCCGGUCGUCGGGUUCCCCACCGCUACCACGAUCACGACUACGACCACGUCGACGGAGAACCUCGCCGAGUCCCGGCGAACCCCGGAGUCCGACAGAGCGAGUUCCCGGAGCUCGGCGUCCUCGAAGAGGCGGCGGAUGCUUCCGGAAGGUCGGACGCCGUCCCCACCGCCCUCAGCGCCCUUGGCGCGACCUUGGAGUCCUAGUAUUGACCCGAAAGACACUCCCAUCGACUACAGCCUGCCCAUCACCACCACCUACUUGAAGCACCAGCAGAGGCUUCUCGCCGAGAAGACCAAGCUCGCCUCGAAGACAGCCGAAGGACCCGUCGAGGAUGUUCAGGUCGCGAAUAACAUCGACACCGAAGCGCUAGAGAGAGAGAGAUUCUCCCCGGCUGCUGGGCUCAUCGACACCAACCUCAACCUCCUCGCUACUAUUCAGCAUCUUCACUGUCAGGUGAUGCUUGCUCUUACCGAGAGGCUCAGACCUGCUGUUGUCCCGUCCUCCCUCGCCUUGCCGCAGGCAUCGUCCAUACUCGCAUCCUCGAUGCUGCAUCCUGGGAUCUCGAUUCCUUCUAUUAUAAACCAAAACCAUUCCUGAGUUUUUAUUCAAGUCACACCCUACGAUUCAUUCGAUGGAAAGGUACUGAAUUAGUAUUUUCUGGUACCCACCUCGGGAUCGUUUACUUUUCUUCUUCUUUGUAAAUUGUAGGACAGAAGGUUUCUCCCUUUAGCGAGUUUCUCGACGUAGCUUUCACCACAAGUUGAAUUUCGUAUCUACUACGGUAUAAUAAUUAAUUAUAUGCACAAUGUAUCAAGUUUCAAUUACUCAUAAAAAUAUCACACUUCAAGGAAGCGUUAAUAAUUGUAACUCUUUUCUUCUACUUACUGAAAAUUAUCGGUUCUGAUUUCCCCGUUAUUUGUUACAUCUAUGUUCAUGAUCAUGAAAAAAAAAAAAAAAAACUGGAAGGGCUUCAGACUGGAGAUUUUAACUUUCGUAGAACGAGAGCUAUUGUUUUUCUAUCAAGCGUUUGAUUUACAUUGUCAAUUAUAUCUGCCUCUCUAGGAGGUAACUCAAACCCUGCUUGACACAGGUUUUUGGCACUAUCAUCGAUUCGCAUCUUGGUCGCAACGCAGGGAGACACAUUGUAUGAUAAUUUUUCAUUCUCACAUGUUGAUGGGCAUUAAAAUGCAAUGGAAGCGAUUGGUAGGUGUUCCUCGUUCAAGGGUAUCGUCAACGCAAAUUUGAUCUGACUAUUUUUAGUUUCUAAUGAAGAGGUUCUCAUCAGGUACAGAAAGUCGCGACAGGUUUUCGGAUUGAUACCUUACGACGAAUCAUCUGCGCUACUUUGCAUCUAGGGUAGGACAAAAGUCGUUAAGCGCGUCAAGCAAGGUUUUGAAUAUCGCUGAAGCAAUCUUAAAGACACUCGAAUGAGUUUCGAAAGCUUCUUGUCCGCACAGUUGACUAACUGCAAAAGUUUAGAGUUCCGGAAAAGCCCAUGCAUCAAAUAUUGAAUGAAAGGGAUUCGGUUUUUUUCUCUUGAAAUGGAAGAAAACAAGAUAGUGAAAAAAAAAAAGAAAAAAAAGAAAGAAAGAAAAAAUUAUUGAAUGUAUAACACGUAUAAAACACUAGUUUUCUGAAUCUUUAAUAAUAAUUAUAUUCUCGUUACGUUUAGUGAGAAAGCAUGCUGGUUUUCAAUUCCGUCUCUAUACAUAUAAUAUACUUAUGUCGUCGUAUCUACCUGCAUACUUCAAUGUGUUAUAGGACAGACCUUAUUUAGGGCUGAAUUAAUUCUUUCAAAUAAUACGUAUAAUACGCCUCAAAAACAAGGAAAAAGAAAAAAGAAAAAUUAAGAAAAAAAACAAUCUUCAUUCUUGUCGUGUCUCUUUGCUAGAGGAAGUAGCUUAUCUGUAUAUUAUAUGACAUUAUAAUACCAGCCUUAAUUAACAAUAAUUCUUAACAAUAGUAUAGUCAUAGAGAUUGUAAUUAUAAUUGCGAUAAAAGUUUAUGCGCGAUGUUGUCUAUAUAAUAUAUAUGUUAGAGAGUUUAGAUUUGGCAAACGUUAAACGUGAAAAAAUGUCUUUAAAUUAUAUAUAUACAUAUAUAUAUAUAAAUGUAAUAUUAUAAUAAAAACCCUAUGCAAAGCACAGAACUUUCAAUUUUGUAAAUAUAACAUUGUUGUAACAUAGUGUGAAUUUCUAAUGUUAUAUACUAUGUUAUUAUAUUACUAUUAUCACGAUUAUUAUUGCUAUUAUUAUUAUAUUAUUAUUAAUACUAUUAAUAUUAUUAUUAUUAUUGUAUUUAAAAUGCACACCGAUAAAAGAUGGAAAAACACAUACAUGAAAUAUAA